CUCCUCCCGUCACUGAUUCGGCGCCGGAGCCCCGGGUGCCCGAGCCCCCCUCCCAGCCCCGGCCCCCGCCGCCGCCGAGGCUCCCGAGCUGUCAGUGCGCAGGCAGCGCCGCGGCCCCGCUCCGCACCGCGCUCCGCACCGCGCUCGGACCCAACGCCGCGGAGCCGCCGCCGCGGGGCGCAGCAGAUACAAUGAUGACACUGAACGUUCAGAUCAUCUUUGGCCUCCUUUGCUGCAUGAUUUUUCUUCCUACAGAUGGCUUCCCAGCAGACACCAGUACUGAAUUUCGCUCUGCCUUCUCUGUGGCCAGAACCAGCAGCAUGGAAGGAAGCUCUGAGAUGGUGAUUACCUUUGACAAAGUAUAUGUGAAUAUUGGCAAUGAUUUUGACCCCAAGACUGGACUGUUCCGCUGCCGGAUCCCAGGAGCCUACUACUUUUCCUUCACCGUUGGGAAAUACCCAAAGAAAAACUUGUCUGUCAUGCUGAUGAGAAACAAGAAUGAGGUGCAGGUAAUUGUGUAUGAUGAACAUCACCGCAAGGAGCGCAAGGUGGCCAGCCAGAGUGCCAUGCUGCAGCUUGACUACGGGGACACAGUGUGGCUGCGUUUACACGGAGAUCCCAAGUACGCUCUUUACAGCAAUGUGGGGCCCUAUACAACUUUCAAUGGCUACCUGAUCUAUCCAGACACUUCUGCCUUCUUCCAGAAUGCUCUUGACUCUCAAGAGCUCGGACCACACCCUCACACAAUUCAGCAGCUCCCCAGAGAGCAGAAUGAAGCCCCACAGCGACGCGUGUUGUCUGACCAGCCAAAGAGGGUACAAGACCCUCGCUCUGCAUUUUCUGUUGCCCGCUCACAAAGUCUCCUGGGGACAGAUGAGAAGCAAACCCAGCAUGAGCCAAUCACAUUUGAUACAGAGUUUGUGAAUAUUGGAAAAGAUUUCAAUGCCUCCACUGGCAUCUUCACAUGCCGUAUACCUGGUGCAUACUAUUUCUCCUUCACCAUUGGCAAAAUGCCCUUUAAGACUAUGUCAGUGAAGCUGAUGAAGAACCACAAUGAGGUGCAGGCCAUGAUCUAUGAUGACAACCACUCCAAGCGGCGGGAGAUGCAGAGCCAGAGCAUCAUGCUGCCUCUGCAAUACGGGGACACCGUUUGGCUCUACAGCCAUCAGCAUGAUGGCUACGGUGCCUACAGCAACCACGGCAAGUACAUCACCUUCACAGGCUUCCUCAUCUAUUCAGAGGCUCAGCCAAAGUGGCUGCCAGGUGCCAGCUCACCUCAAGGGUCAAACAAUUAAAUGCAGAUGUGAAAGGAGCAUAAGAAGAGCCAAGGUGCCAUGAACUUGGGUAUAGCUUCUCUGAAUAUCAUCCUCUACUUUGAGCAUGCUGUCAUGUGUCCAGUGCUUUCCUUACGCUGCACGCUUGUGCCCUGUCUGCAGGGCCACUGCUGUGUGUGCCAUUCAUCCAUAGAGAGGCCUUUCAGGUUGUAGCUGUGUGUCCCGUGUUGGUGUUUGAUUUAACAUAAAGCAUGAGGUAGUUUUGGGGCAGGGAGGGCACUGUAGUGAGAUGCUGAGGAUCAGAGAACUACUGCAGUCAUGUUACUGCAGAUCUCCAGCAUCCAGAGAGCAAAGGGUGUGGUGGCUUUCCUUGUUUAUCCAGGGAGGGAAUAAAUGUAAUGAAAAUGAAUGUAAUAAAAAUACAAAAUAUGAGAAUGUU